AUGGGAGAUUACAACUUUGUCCUUCAUGAUCAAGAAAAAUUUAGCCAGCAUCCCAUCAAUCAAGUUGAAGCUGAUAUUUUCCUAAACAAGAUAGAAGAAGCAAAUCUCUCUGAUCUAAGCUACACUGAAUGCCCUUUCACGUGGACUAACAAGAGAUCUGGUACUCAGCUCACAGAGCAAAGACUAGAUAGAGGCCUAGAUAAUGAAGCUUGGCUAGACAACCACCCAAAUACCACCAUCUCAAAUCUCACAGGCUUAGGCUUUGAUCAUAACCCAAUCAUUCUCAAUACCAAUCCUAGCUGGAGACAUGGUCAAAUCCCCUUCAGAUUCUUUGGUCCCUGGAUUGAUCAUGAAGACUGCAAAAGCAUUAUAGCCGACUGCUGGAAGAUAACUCAUAAAGGAUCUUUAGCCAUAAAAAUAGCAAGGAAAUUAAGAGACAUCAAAGUCAAGCAAAAGAAGUGGACUAAGGAAGUCUAUGACAACAUCAAAACUAAUUUAGAAGAUUGCAUCAAACAUCUGGAUUGGAUAACAAAAAAUAAAUUUACUUCAUCUAAAGGAGCAGAGCUAAAAGAAGCAAGAAUUCAUAUGGCACAUUGGAAACAUGUGCAAGAAUCUUUCUGGAAGACCAAGAGCAUAGACCUACAUAUCAAGCUUGGAGAUAAAAAUACAGGGUACUUCCACAUUGCUGCUAAUAAACGAUAUAGGAGGAAUAGGAUUGAUUUUAUCCAACAGGAAGAUGGUACUUGGAUCCAUGAUACUGCUGAAAUUACCCAAACUUUCACCAAUCAUUUUGCCAAGAUGGCCACUGAAGAACCCAUCAAUAUCAACCCCUUCAUUAUAAAGCUCAUACCCGCCACAAUUACUACCCAAGAGAAUCAGAACCUUAUCAGAACACCUGAACCCAUGGAAAUCAAAAACAUUCCCUUCAGCAUGACUGGUGACAAACCUAUCACACCAGCUCAAUUCAGACCAAUAUCCCCGUGUAACACUACUUACAAAAUCAUCUCAAAACUCAUUGCCCAAAGACUAAAACCUCUUCUACCAAAAUGA